AUGACCACCACAGCAGCCGAUUCCCAGAUAACAGCGGCCGUCGAGGUCAAUGUUCUCGACGUCUUUUGGGGAGGGGUAUGGGACAUGGACUAUGUUUAUGGCAGCCUCGUCCAGGUCGACACGCAGGUCAACGAGACGACGAUUGGCAUCUCCUGCCGGCCGUCCCUGGCGGCGAACUGCACCAACUCCUAUUACCUGCUGCCAGUCACCAUCACCAAUGGCCCGUCGACGUUUGCGUUUAACUUGCAGUCGAGCACCGUUGUCAAGGACACCCUCACCGACAUUGUGACCAUCUGGGAGACGUGCGAGAUCUCCUCGACCACCUCGGCCAACUGCUGGGGCACUGAAAGCAUAGUCUACGACCCCGUCACUACUGCUACCAGCACGUCCGACUACACGGAGAAUCUGCGAACAUCACUCAGCGGCUCGGAGGUGGUCUUUGCGACGCUGACUGUCACCGGCGGUCUCGACAAGCUCCCUACAGCGACCGCUACAACCACGUCGGCAGGCGGUAGCAGCAGCGGCACAGCCGUGGACACCGGCUCUGCAUCGUCAUCCUCCACCGCAUCCUCCUCAUCCUCAUCCUCCUCUUCCUCAUCAUCGUCUAAAGCUUGGAUUGCUGGCCCCGUCAUCGGCGGCCUGGUAGCCUGCGCCGCGAUCAUCGGUCUGAUCUUCUGGUUCCGCCGCCGACACCGCAACCACACCUCCGUUCCGACGGGUGAUAAUGUGGAUUUCCCACCAGAGGCUGCCCAUGCCGGUGGGGCGGUUCCCACUGAAUACUAUGAUAAAGAUAAAUCGUAUGCCCAGGCCGAGCUGCCGGCCUUUGCUCCAUCGUCGAUACCUGUGGUAGAGUUGCCGGCGAACCAACCCUCGGCGACGCACGAGCUGCCAUGA